AUGCCUACCAGAGUUCGUCCAGUCGAGAAAUUUGCUAAGGCUACGGCUCAAUGCUCAGUCGAGGCCGCAGCAUAUGGCAAGUGUGUCGUCUCUGAUUACAGCUCGGUACACAAGGACAUGUGUGCCAAGGAAUUCAUGCGGUUGAAAGACUGCUUUUUGGCGGCUUCGAAAAAGGCCAAUUAA